AGGGAUUCCCUUCAAAGUGAGGAAGAAUGACGAUCCUUCCCAAGAAGAAAACUGGACAAAGCAAGUCUACAGAGGAAGCAGCGCCUGAUCCCAAUCAGCAGAUCCAGCAUGGACACAGUCACACUCACAGUCACCAUGGAGUUCACUCCUCCCUGCCUUCCCAACAAUUGGGCGAGAAUCUCAGCCGUGAUCGUCUUUAUGUCUCCGGGCAAAGUGCACCUUCCUGUUGGCCAGCAGGAGUUUCACGAGAUGAGAAGCGUCCUGUUCACUCUUCUCCUUCGCAUUAUGAGGAAUAUGACAGCUUGGAUGGACCCACACACACCAAGAGACGGCUUCGAGCAAGUCCUCAUCGCCUCCGAAGCAAACAUCGAGAGCGGAGUCAGCAAGCAGGACAGUCACCAUCAUAUCCAAGUACCAGUAGCAUGAAUGUUGCAGGAGAGACUGGAAGCUCUUCACCCAUUGCUGGACCUUCUGGAGCCAGUGGUUCUCAAGAUGUUGCAUCUGGUUCUGGCUAUAAUAGUGGAGAUGAGCACAAUGAGAGGAGUGAUGUUCAGCUCACCGAGGAGGAGUGGGCAGAGAAGGAGCGUCGGUUUGAAAAGCGGCUGAGGAAGAAAGGUUUUGUAAUCAAGUCCAUGAGGGAAGACGGUGCCUGCCUUUUCAGAGCUGUAGCUGACCAAGUCUAUGGGGAUCAAGAAAUGCACUCAGUUGUACGACGACAUUGCAUGGACUACAUGGCAAAGAAUGCUGACUACUUUGCUCAGUAUGUGACUGAAGACUUUGAUGCUUAUGUGAACCGUAAGCGCCAGGAGUUCUCACACGGGAAUCACGUGGAGAUUCAGGCUCUCAGUGAAAUGUAUAAUCGCACUGUGGAAGUGUACUGCUAUAGCACAGAUCCUAUCAACACCUUCUCGAGCGGGAUGCAAAGAACCGACUAUGAACCGGUCCGUCUCUCUUAUCACAAGGGGACCCAUUACAACAGCAUUGUUGAUCCCUACAAAGCCACGAUCGGGGUUGGCCUCGGUUUGCCCGGCCUCGUUCCUGGGUUGGCCGAGAAGAACCUCAUGUCUGAUGCCUGCAGCCAAUCUGAAGCCUUUCACCUUGAACAGGCCAGGAGUUCAACAGUGACUAGUAGCAGCACGGCUGGACAGAGUCGUUCCCCGCGUCACAGUUCCAGCCAUCCUUCCUCAGGGAACUCGUCCCCUUCUCCCGACCGGGAUGUGGCACCAGAUGCGGUGCCGGACUCUUCACCCAAGGAACUGGCAAGUGAAGAGGAGGCUCAGCAAUCGAAUACUACAGAAGAGGCAGGGAAUGCUGCCAAGACUGCCAGCGUUCGAUCAAGCCCAUCCAGGGAAGAAGCAAGGGAAGAACCAACAUUUCAAGUCUAUGAGACUGCAUCCUUUCUCAACCAGCUCCCACCUGAUGUCUUUGGGCUGAGUGAUUGGGAGGAUGCUGACAUCCUGGCUCAAGUCCUGGCAGCAUCUCAGCAGGAAUACCUGGACACUUUGAAAAAGUCCUGCAGUCCUGCCUCUCCUACCCCCGGGAACUCGAGCAGUGCCAGCUAACACGUAUCCCAGUCUGCCUCCCUCUAUUCCUCUGCAUUGUACCCCCCAUCACAUUGUUAUGCACAACCAGUGACCCUUUUCCUUCUGUCUCUUUGAAGAAAAAAAAAUCAAGACUAUUUGCUAAAUCCUGUUGAAUUUCUGCACAUCCAUAUGGCACAGUGGCAGUUCCUUCUUAAUUUUCUUCUGUGAAGAUGCUUCUCUUCAAUUAGGUGCUAAGAAUGCAAAACCUUAGAGAUGAGUAAAGUCAUUUUCCUUUAGAAUGAUUUUGCCGAUGUGCUGCAUCACUGUGUGUAUCCCUAUUAUCCCCGACUUGGGAGCUGUGGACAGUAUGAAAGUGUUUAUCUUCUGUCUUCCUCAUCUCCUUUUCUGCUGUGUGAAUGCAAGAGUGAUGAUCAUAUUUACGACAUUUGAUGAAGUCUUCUAUUGGCCACAUAAAAGAGUGUUGUUAUUUUCCUCCCCCUUCCUUCAGCUUGGAUAAAAAAUACAACCAUUGAUAUGUAUGAGCAGCGGUCACCUGCCUCGAG